GCCCCUGACCGAUGAUCCUCUAUAAAAACUUGAAAGCCAUCAGCGAAAAAGCAAACUGCCCUUGCUUGUGGCACAGAGCUUUGCGAAAUAGCUGCUCCAUUGGAGCGCACACGAAAAGAUCUCUCCUCGUUUUCAUUAGACUCGCUCUCCAGCCGAACACAUCUCCGUCCCCUUCCAACCUUACACCACGCAAGAAGCACAUUGGCGUUGUUCGCGCAUCGCGCAUCACCGGUGGUACCCACACAACACAAUUUAACGCUCUGGCAUCUGUUUCUCUCUCUUUUUCCCCCUUGUUUGCAAGAAGGAGGAACUCAGGUCCCGCGAUAGCGUGGGACGAACCACAUCUGCUUUGACGCCCUGCCGCACAGUCACGCCGUAUUUCACCAGAACCCACCAGUCAAGGGCUCCGGUUUAGCACAUCCGGCCAGUCGCAGUCGAUAUCGGUACCACUCUCUCGUUUCUUCACGCCUCCCAAUCUUCGGUCGAUUUUCUGGCCGACACGAUUUGGCUCGCCACCUUGCACGUUGCCGGUGUGUACGCGUUUGAAACCCUCUCUGGCAAAUUUACGGUGACUGUGCCGUGGCUGGCUGUGGACUUUUUUCUUGACUUCGCGCAGAGACAAGAGACUUGAUUCCGAAUUGGCAGAUCAGUUUAGAAUGGGGACGAACGUUUGUGUGCUUGUCCUACUGUUGAUGGCGAUGAUGACUGUUGUGUACUGUACUAAAGAUCGCCAACCAAGAGGGUGCAAUGCCAUCUGCAUGUUGAAGUCAUAUACACAUCCGGCCGGCAAGAGAACGAAGUCAGUCGACCUCAAUCAGGAGAGCUACCCUUGGAACCAGGUGGAUGCUGCGCAAACCCAUACAGCUGACGCCAUGACGAAAGAUCAAACGUCAACGUGUAUAUUCGACGAAGUACUGAAAGCGCUUUCGCCGCCAUGGCAGGAGCGACUACUAUCGGUGUUAGAGGGCGCCCUCAUGGAAAACAAGGGGGAACCGAACAAGGAUGGCUCGUUUGACCACUGAGGAGCGCCGUACACCACGAUGCCACUCAUUAUUUUCAUUGACUAGGAUCGUGGCUUAAUCGGAUUGGUUCGAUGACUAUAUAAUGUCGAGAUUAUAUUUUACGAAUAACGAAGCAUUAUAAACACUGUCCUCAAGAGUACUAGACGACGGAAAACGCCAAGACAUUCUCCUGAGCAUUUUGGAAAAUAUCCCAAUGUUUUCUUAAUGUGAAUUUUAGAACAUUGGUGAGAAAUAAACAGUCAAAUUGGUAUCUUUUUUACAAUUGGGAUUUCUUACUUUAUUGCUUCUGUUGAAAUUUUCCAAGCGUCGUGAUUAGUCAGAAAUGUUUUCAAUUUACAGCUGCCAAAAUUCUUGCGAUGUUGCAAUCUUACGAAAUCGUGACAGAAAACCACGCAGUCAAGAAGCCAGUGAAUUUGACCAUACAAAUGUGACACAGAAGUAAACUGUUCCCCUUAACAAGUACUAGAAGCACUAGAAAGUUUUGGAGAAUAUGCUCAAGUUUUAAUGUGAAGUAAUUUGCAUAAAGAAGGCUCUAGUGUACAUAUUUCCCAAAGGCUAUUUCUGUAAAUAUUUGUUGGUUCUAUUACAACUGAUGUUAAACACUUGCGCCUUACGGUCUCUAUGUAUUUAUCCAAGCUGACGGCAUCGAUGAAGCUUUUCAUUUAGAAAGAUACAGUGUAAGGUCACACUACCUAUAUUAUGUAGUGGUCAGUAAUAUUAUAUUUUGUUCCCUUAAUUCACAUUUACAAUCGAAGUGUCUCAUCUGAAAGCAUUCAUUAAUGUAACAUAUCCCCUACAUGUAAUGGAUUGGUAGCUACAUCCGGUGUGACAGCGUGAGUGUGGUGAUGAUGGAGUGUAACAUUAUUAGCAUCUUUGUCACUAAAGUGUUACCACUGUGUUGAUGCUUUCCAGAGUUGCUCAUUAAAACUCAUAGUACCGGUGUCGUACUGAUUAAUUUAAUCAGAUUUUCAAAUUUACAUUUGGAUCAAUAAUAGCCAACAGAUUCCCCAGCCCUGUUAUUGAAACCUUGCAAUUACCAACCUAUGUAGUGAGCAAUUACUAUGAGGCUAUUCCUUGAUUAGUUGGAUUGGUGAUCAAAGCAUUCAUAUCUGUAGUUCAAAAAUGUUUCGGAACUUUCAUAUUGAGAGUUUGGGUAGUGUGUCCUCUCCAGAAACGGCCGCUUUUUUCCCCUUCAAAUUCAAUUGAAAUGAAGUACAUACGAAGAGUUCGUUCGGGCAUAGGCAAUUCUUAGGGAUGGACCAAUGCAAUGGCAGUAACAAAUCUAGAGAAUUCCACAUACUUGUCUACGUUGUGAACAAACAUGAAAGUCCCACUAUAUGAGUGAGUUUUCUUUCCCGCGUAUCGGCCAAGGAACUGAGCUGUAGGUAACACAUUGCUUACUACUUCGACAAGAUAACGAAUGUUUUGUCACGUGGCUGAGUGCAUUAUGUGGUGUCGCGGGUUGGCAGAAAGGCUUCCCUGUUGUGUGAUUAAGGGAGGUGUCGAGUGUGUGGAUUGUGAUCCCAAGGUGAAUUUUGGCGUGACGGGUGGGUGGGGGAGGGUCCCCCGCCGAAGGCAUGCCCCUUUGUGACCCAGAUCAGAAUACAGAAAAGAGCCUUGUGUAAAAUGAAACGAAUAGAGCGCCCUCUGAUUUUAUGCGCGCCCCCUACGGCUACAGCAUGUCAGAUUAUUCACUAUUAUUUUGUACUAUCGCAUUUGCAAGUCGCCAGUCGAGAAAAGAACUUAUUGCUUUGGCAACCACGCAAGCUGUGUCUCCCUUUCCUGUAUAAAAUUAAGUAAAGAUUGGUUGCGAGAAGAAAUCUUAUCACUCCCAUGUAGUUUUGUGGUCAUCAUUCCGUUCCUAAAUAGUACCAGCUGUGACAAUUAUGGCGAAAAAGUAAAAGUAAAAAUUUAAAAGUUGACUAAAAUGCCACAUUGUAUGGCGAAAAAAAUCGCUUGCGUAGAUGUAGUAUAGCCAAGAUACAUGUAUGCAGUUUCAUUAAUUAUUGUCAGAGGCCUUAUUGCAGUAGUGGAACACGUUACGCCCCAAUAUCGCAAUGGAUUUGGGCUUGUCCCAACCGUAGAUGGGACUUGGUGGGACACGAUGUUUGUUUAUUACGCAACUACACUAUGUACUUUCCCAUAGGGAAAGGGUUAAUUGCCAGUCUUGAGAGAAGACUAGUCUUCGUGCACGCCUCUUGGAAGCUGGCUUCCCCUGUUGAAAUGUCGGUCUUAACUUCCCUUUAAAAAAAGAGCCACGAUUAUAGCCUUUAUUCAAGUUUGGUUAUCCCAGCGUAUUAUGUAGAAAUAUCUGCUGUUGGGACAGGCCCUAACUAUAGCUGGGACAAGAUGCUAGAAGUUGGGGCGUAACAACCAGAUUCAUAAUAACAUUUAUUAUUAUUAACGUUACAUAAUAACGUUAUUGUAUAACCAGUGGAGGAAAUAAGUAAAAUAUUAAAAUGCGUAGCAGUGACACGGUUUUGGCACUUGUUCGUGUGUUCGCGACAGAGUAUUUUAUUUAGUCUGGUUAAAUGAAUCAAGUUAAACUGAACGAAAUAAAAAGUGACAUUGUGGUCUCAAACGAAAA